UAAUUUUUCUCCAGCUGGCGAUCAGUUUUUCUCAGACAUCAGUGCAUAUCAGUAGACCGCUCAGGACGGACAUACACCGGAGUGCUUGGACUUACACUUUUGUUCGCGAGGACCUGCCAAGAAAUACGAAACGUUUUCCCAUUCUGUUUUUUUUUUGUUUUUGUUUAACGUGUUCUGCAGUUUCCAGAACCUCGACGCGUGCGUGUUUAGUGAAGACGAUUUUUGUGCAAGCUGAAAUUGUACGGAUUGAUUAAGCGCAAGAUGAGCGUUAGCCAGCGGAGAAGUCACAGCCUGUAGUCGCAGUUUUGGAGAAUUAUCUGGUGUGACAAAGAACGAAAGGGCUGAUGUCUGUGUUUUGUAUGCCAAAAGUUCUUGCAAACGCGCACCUGUAGAGAACGGAAAACUCUCGGAAGAAGAAACAACCUAUCGGAACAGGUGGGAAAGUCCGACCGAUCGAACGGAAACAGGCGAGCAGGUUCGUCGCCUUCGCGGCCGGCCAACGAGUUUGUGUAUGUGAGCAGAUUCCCCACAAAGGCGGGCACUGUAUGUAAGCGGUAUUCAGGAGCGGGAAAAACGCCACGAAGCGCGUAUUCAUCAUGAAGUCAAAGACAUCCAGACCACUGUUGCUGCUGAGCCUCUGGCUGCUACUGGACCAAACGGCAGCCCAAUCGUCUCAGUCCAUUGGCAACGGCACCGCCACAAUCACCUCCCCAACCUCAACCUCAACCUCAACGUCAUCGUUCUCUUUUUCCGAAUCCUCCCCAUCUGAGCCCAAACUGAGGUUUCUGCGACCCACCUACACCCGGACGGAACUGAAAGUCGCUCGAAGCCUGGAACCGGAAAACGUUCAAAAACUGAACGUCCGUUCCAAUAAUGGCCGGAUGGUGGAAAUCAUCGUUAAGAAGCGGGACGAUAAGAGUGGUCAUUCUCGAGGUGUCCCCAUGCCUCAGAGUGUAAGGCCAGCAUCGUCCGAUGGCUAUCGGAUCGCAAGUGAUAAUUCCCCAGGAUCGGUCGAUAUCAUCCACGCCUUCCUGGAGCAUGUGAAUAGGAUCGAAAGACCCGCACGGUUCUAUGAAGACGAGAGCUCGAUCAAGAACGAUCGUCGCCCGGUGAGAAUCGCCGUGAACAGUCGACCGGUUGAUGAUACCGUGGCAGCCAACGUUCCUGCACCCGUGCUUAUCAGCUCGGAUACAAUCUACAUGAAAGAUAAUCCUUUUGCUAAAACUAAAAAGAAAGCCCGGGCAUUGCAAGAGAUCGGAGAGGAUGGCAUACCGGUUGUGCAUGGUAUUCGCGUCCCGGAUGAUGAAGAAGAUAAACGAAAGGUAUGGCGAAAUGCUAGAGUGAUCAAUGGCGAGUUGGUCCCAUAUGAGAAGGGUCAUGUUCCGAAGAAAAUGGAAGGCUUACCGGAUACCUACGGGCAGCUGGUUUUCGCAAGGCCACUCAGUAAUAGUGAACAGGCGAGUCGCAGGAGGAGCAUUGGACCGUUUACGACGGCCGAUAACUUCCCACUGAAUGAACAACAAUCGAAAAGCUUCGGUCCAUUUAGCGUUGAAGACAAUUUACGCUCCAGCGUGCGGGCUAACGAUGCGGAACCGAUGAGGGUUCCGAUGAGCUUUGGCCCAUUUUCACGUGCAGAUAAUGCUCGAGUUUCGAAUGCUAAGCUGAUCGAGUACAUUAAGAAGAUCAAUGACCAGGAAAGUAGGAAGCACUACUACGCAGCUCGAGUUCCCAACAAGGAAAUCUAUGCCGAGCAACCGAAGAUCCAGCGAAGAAUGCUGCAAAAUCCGGGAAACCCGGUUUAUCCGGUGUCUAAAAUGUAUGCCAUCCCUGGAUCGAAUCAGAUUCAAAGCGAGCUGGAUGAUUCCAGGACACCGGUUCUGCAGUACGCCCAUCCGGAGCUGGGAGUUCAACCGGCAAAGUUUGUUCCACCGGAGAGUAAGCCGACCAAGGCGACAAAGAAGAUCCUCAAUGUUGAGUUUAGCAAACACAAUGAUCAUUCGCCAUUUGCCAUUGAACCGGCCAUGCUGGGUAAGGACUAUUACGAAGCAUCUCCUCAGAUGAAGUUCGCUCAGAAGAAUCACUACGAUGAAAUGUAUCAACCGGUGAAGAUGCCAGCCACCUACCCGUAUAACUAUGGCUUCAUCAGGCGCGUGAAACCUGAGAGGCCCUUCUGGGUCAAGAUCAGCGAACAAGUGAAGGAUGGCUUUCAAACCGGAAUUCACUCUGUGCAUGAAUUCGCCAAACCAGUGCUAGACCCAUUGGUCGAAGCGGGACAAAAGAUCUCCAAGAACCUGGGAUUCGCGAAGAAGUCCAGCGAAGCUAAGGACAAAUCUGAUCUGUUGGUGGCACCAGCAGCAAAUUCAAUUGUUUUCCCAGCUCUAGGAAUGCUGGCUGGAGGUGCGGCGCUGGGGUUGGGUGCCGCUGCCUUUGGACGAUUCUUCGAUAUGGAUCUGCUGAGGAGGUCUGGCGAACAGUUGGUCAUGGAACUGGACGACCUGGAGCAUAAGCGAGCAUUGGAAGGCAUUGAGACUCAUCCAGAUAAGUACUAUCUGGUUGUUCCGACGACCGCCAUUACUCGGUUGGAGCCAGUUCAGCAACAAGAAGAGCCGUUUAAACGCUCGAAAAGAUCAGUGAACAUGUACCGUCUGGAAGAUGGUACUGUUCAGGAUAAUGAUAUCUACCGAAAUGAUAAAUUCGACGAUCAAGGCGACGUGAUUGAGAUUGUUGAUUUGAAAUCUCAAGAUGACAGCGAUGACGAUGACAAUGACAGUGGAAACGAAAACGACGACAGCAUUCAAUCGAAUGGGUUACGCAACCGGCGGAGAAGGCGUGCCAUCGGAGCGUACGACGAUAGCUUUGGCCAAACGUUGCAGGAUGUGGAACGGGAUGCUCCGCGCCCCUCGAGGGACGGGUUCGAGCAGCAGCUCAGGCAGACCAACUGGAAGAAUCCUUCCUGUGCCAAGCGAACCUUCUGCCUCGUCAUGGUCCAACAGGGCGCGGACGAUGUGGUGCUGAUGGAGAAGAAGAUGUACACCAUGCUGGAAAUGAUGCAUCCAACGCUGGGAGCAAGCCUGACCACUCACCUAUCGGAGGUUACCGAUGCCAUCAGACAGCAUGACUGUGCGCGAUUUGUGUGUCAUCAGCGAACGUAAAACUCACAAACACACAUCCACAUCUGUGAACGAAUAAGCAAUAGACAACCAGGAUCUGGUGGUUCAAAAGAUUUUAUAUUAAAAUUGCGUUUAUCAAAAAAAAAAAAAGCGGGACACUACGAGUAUGUUACCUAUCCAGGUGUUGAGUUGGAUUUCAAAGUAAGACCCGAAGGUUCGAAGAUAGACCCGAUGCAACCCAAGACCUGACCACACACACAUUAACCCACAUACAUACACCUACAUACCGUAUUUUGAAAUGCCAAAGGAUGAUUAGGAAGCGCGAACUGAGCUAAAAGAGGAAGGAGAAUUAAAAAUUGUGUUAAGUUUAAGGUUCGGAAGACAGUAUCGUUUGUAUUUAGUGCCUUUAGAUAAUAAUUGCAUAAAAUUCAGAGCCAAGCGCAACAUUUUGCAUCCAUCUGAUGAAUAUUUACACUAGGAGCUUAUC